UGCGUUUCGCGGACUAUUGAAUUCUUACUGUCCGGCUUCCAGAGCAAGCCUUUGGUUUCUCCGCGGUCGUGAGUGUGUGUGUGUGUGUGUUUGAGGGGGAGAGAGACAUGAAGGAGAAGGCGAUCGAGAGCACGCCGAGCGACCCUGGAGCCCGGCCAUGGCAGUCUUACAACACCGUCUACACCAACGCCAAAGCAGGAAUGGAGGGCGUUGAUAAGGAAAAGGUGCAGCGGGUUGUGUACGAGAUGAGCAAAGGAUCCAAGUACUUCGAGAACGAGGCGCGCAAGGAGGCUGAGAUGAGACAGAAGAUAGAGAGAAUGCGUGCUCAGUGUGAGAAACUCUCAGCUGCGGAAUUAGCUCAUUUUCAGAUGUUAGCUGAUAACAGAGUCGUUGAGCUAGAAGCCACGCGAGAUCUGACAAAAAUUUGGCUGCACGUAGAUAUGGAUGCUUUCUAUGCUGCUGUUGAAACAUUGAGUGAUCCUUCUUUGAAAGGAAAGCCAAUGGCUGUUGGUAGCAUGUCCAUGAUCUCAACUGCUAAUUAUGAGGCUCGCCAAUUUGGGGUUCGUGCUGCCAUGCCUGGUUUCAUUGCACGUAAAUUGUGCCCGGAACUAAUUUUCGUUCCUACAGAUUUCAAGAAGUACACUAAUUACAGUGAUAUGAUUAGAAAAGUCUUCCAGAAGUAUGAUCCCAAUUUUCUGGCUGCUAGUUUGGAUGAAGCUUAUCUUGAUAUAACUGAGGUUUGCAAGGAAAGAAACAUACCCAGCGACGAAAUAGCUAAAGAGCUCAGAACCACUGUGUUCGAGGAGACCGGCCUUACUUGCAGUGCUGGAGUUGCUCCAAACCGCUUGCUUGCCAAGGUAUGUUCAGAUAUAAACAAGCCAAAUGGACAAUUUGUCUUACCAAAUGACCGGAUGGCUGUGAUCACAUUUAUCUCAUCGCUUCCAAUUCGGAAGAUUGGGGGCAUAGGUAAGGUUACUGAAAAUAUCCUAAGAGAUGUUUUUGGGAUCAAAACAUGUGAGGAUAUGCUACAAAAGUGUGGAUAUCUAUGUGCUCUAUUUUCUCGGUCCAGUGCAGACUUCUUCCUUUCCGUGGGGCUAGGUCUUGGCAAGACAGAGACGCCUGAAGUCAGAAUGAGGAAGAGCAUUAGCAAUGAGAGAACAUUCUCAGCCACAGGGGAUGAGGCUCUGUUGUAUCAGAAAUUAGCCGAACUUUCAGAGCUUCUUGCUUCUGACAUGAAGAAGGAAGGUCUGCACGGACGUACACUAACACUUAAACUGAAAACUGCUGCUUUUGAGGUUCGAACAAGGGCCAUUACUCUGGAGAGAUAUACCUGUUCAAGUGACGAUAUCUUGAAAUUCGCUUCAAAACUUCUGAAGGCUGAACUUCCUGCAUCUCUGAGAUUGAUAGGACUGAGGAUAUCUCACUUUAAGGAAGAUAAACUUGGCGCUCCGGCUGAUCCAAUGCAGAAAACACUCAGACACUUCAUCAAGGAAGGAAGCUCUUUGCGUUCAGAUACUAAUGACCGCUGUUUCGCGGAUGACAUGGAAACUGAUUUUUCCAUUGAGAGCCAUGAAAUAAAUCAUCGUGAAUUGGGAGAUGAAUCAGACAGAACUGAUGCGUUGGAUACCAAUGAAAAAGACUGCCCUCGGAGUAAGGUUUGUCGUGAUGCAAUGGAGAUAACCACUGUAUCUUCGAGAUGCAGAGGUGUGGACAAGGCAAAUUCGCCUAGUGCUGGAAGGAUAGACCUGAUAGAUCAUCAGCUUGAAGAAUCAAACUCACUGGAGCCAGAUCCUUCUUUGCCUUGCAUGUUUGAAGUUGGCAGCUCUGUGGAAAAGACCGAGCGCGGGCAUAGUAUGUUUCACAAUGAAGAACCACCUUCAUCCCAUCAGGAAGGACAGUUUUUCUGGUUGAAUGAUUACAAGUGUUCCCUUUGUGGGAUUGAAUUGCCCUCAUCAUUUGUUGAGGAAAGGCAGGAGCAUUCUGACUUUCAUCUUGCUGAGAAGCUUCAGAGGGAGGAAUCUUCCAUUGAACCAAAGUCACUCACGGCGAUGCAAAGGGAGGAUCCUAGCUGUCUCGGUGUAUUUGAUCUUUAUUAUCUUUGGUGUAAUUUUUGUCUUCAUCCAAGUACGCCAUCUGAAGGUGGGUUUCGAACGGUUUUCAGAGUUGCUCUGAGGGACCAAACUGCAAGUCGACCCAAAAGUAAGAAACGCAAGGCAUCUCCAAAGGAAGGUGGACACCUCCCAAUUCAUGUGUUCUUCGGGAAGAUGAAUCAGAACUUCUAAAAUUUACGGUUCUUUCUAUGUACCAUGAUGCAAUGUACAGUCUGAUGUGCCAUAUAGCUUAAAUGUUAUUUAUAUAUCUGUUUAUUCACUCAUACAUAUGAAGUUCUUUUAGUCAGUUUUCCAUGAUUGUAUCAUCAUUCUAUUGACGAUAGGGGUGAUUAAUAAUGAAAACGAGCCUUGAUGUAUGAUGUU